AAUACGCAACGUCCAUUGUGACGUCUCAAUCCAAACAAACAAAGUUCAGUUUGCCGGGCCGAGAAAGUAUACUUUUUUCCCUAUUUUCGGCGUGGAAUUGUGAAAAUGUCCUCUGAACCAAUGAGUGAAAUUCGUCCGAAACUACACCGUUGGUCUUCUGAGGAAGUAUUUCAGCUAAUCGACGUUAUUAAGGAAUGUGAAUCGAUUUACAAUCCAGUGGACAAGCAUUACUUCAACCGCCCAUACGUCGAGAAUAUCUGGCGACAAAUUGAUGUUCGUUUCAGGAAAAGGCCUGGCGGAAGUUUAGCUAAAUGGACAAAUCUGAGAAUCUCAUACCGUCGUGAAUAUCAAUCGUUGAUGAAGAGUAAAUCGAAGCCUUCAUGGGCUUACUUUGACAAAAUGUCAUUUUUGUCUCCGUAUUUGAGAAAAAAGCGCGUAUUGGAACGACCAAUUGAAGAUCACCUCCAAAACGCUCUUGAUCACUUCGUCACACUGACUCGCGGUAAUUUGAAGGAAUUUUAUCCAAUUGUUGAUAAAACCACGACAAUUGUAUCGCCCUUCAAAAGGCUAGAAGACACUAUAGAUGAAGCUACCACUAUUUUCACCAAAGAGGAAAAGGCAGACGACGACGUAUGUUUAGAUAACGAAACCAGUGGAACAGAAGACAGAUGUAUGGACGACGAAGACGAUGAAUCGAGCCCAUUAAGAAUGGACGACGAUUCGAGCAGUACCUUUGACAGGCAAAAUGAAAUAAAGGAGCAAAUAAUUACGAACGAGGGCAAUUCACGGCGACAAUUACUAAAGCGGAGACAUGACGAUCCAGCUAACUCAAUUAUCAAAAGAAGUCGUCUCGAAAUUCCAGACGAUUUGGCAAGCAUCGAUGAUCCUUCGUCCUCAUCAAAUGGGUCUACAAAGUCAGAUUCAACUAGUUCAUCGGCGGCAACAGUGUUUUCGAAUCACGAAUGGCGCGAUUGUCCGGACAUUUAUUUUUUGUUGAGUUUAUUACCUGAAAUACGAAUGCUUAAUCAAGCGGACAAAAACAUGUUCAAACUUCAUGUUCGGCACAUGAUUCACGCUCUUCUGUAUAAAGAUCAGUAACCGCUUCCCCUCUGGUAGGGGGAGCACUAUUCCUUAUCUGUACUCACUUCAAAUCAAUAAAUAACGUAAUCCAAUGUGAAAUUCGGAAAA